AUGAUCCAAUGGUUUGGGCUCAUUCAAGCUUUCUCUCCCUUAAAGAAACACAAUCACCCACAAACACAAACACAAUCACCAAACUCCAUUAUCUUCACCAACAACAAUAACCCGCUACAACGACCACCGGAUCGCCACCACCAUGAAGCUACCACCACCACCCUGAAGCUCCACCCACCACGGUUGGACCGCCAUCAUCAAGCUCCACCACCACCAUUGGACCGGCUGCACCACCACCACCGUCAAGCUCCGUCAUCCACCGUUGAACUGUCAUCAUCAAGCUCCACCACCAUUAUCAAGCUCCAUCACCACCAUUAUCAAGCUGCACCACCACCACCGUGA